GAAUUCACUGAAGAUGCAAGAAUAUGAACUUACCAUCACAGUGCUGUGAAAACUCUCUGACGAUCUCGAAGCUGAAAAGGCACAGUACAGUAUACGUUCGCAAACUUAGGCAGGAGCUUGAUGGCCCAGGCACUUUAUGACAGCUCCCCAACACACCCAUUGCAUCAAUACAACCACCAUGAGAGUAAUCCAGAGCUUUUGUCCCACAUCCCUGAUGCAAUGAAGUCAGUUUCAACUAACAGGGGGCAAGUGGACUACACCAUGAGUCACAACAAGGGUUCUCCAAAGAAGAGGUUGUCACGGUUGGAAUUGCUCCGAAGUGAUUAUAGCAAGAAACUUCAAAUUGAAAGAGAAGAGAAGAUACGUAAACUUCAAAUUAUUCAACAGGAGAAUAGUCACAACCAGGGUAGCAGUAAUGGAGGAAUGGUGCGGGAAUUUUUUGCAGAGAGAAGAGCACUGGAGGCUACAAGAAAAGGACAGAAAAAUCCUGAAAUUCUUCCUCCUAUUGAGUCACACUUCAAGAUGGUGAGAGAUCAAAAACAGGAGCCAUUUCUGGAACACAUUGCUAGAAAUAGAAAAAAUUCAAAAACAAAUCUGUCACAUAGUAAACCAUUUAGUUUGAAACUGGAAUCAUUUCCAUCACAGAAACCAGGGCCAACAAAACAUCCAUCAAGGAUGCAAACAAAAAAUGUUGGUGUCACUGUGCGCAAGAGAACAAAAGGUGUUGAUAAACAAGACCCUCUUCCUCCAGUGAACAAGGGUGGGUCUCAAGUAACAAGGAGAAAACCACCUACUCCAAAUAAAAGAUAUGAAACACAUUCGGUAUUGAAACAGGAUGAUGUAGAGGAUUUUGGGCCUUCUGGCCUAUCUGAUAAGCCAAUACCUCCUAUUGAAAGACGACCAAAACGUUCCAAGUUUCCCAUACCUCCCCCAAGUGCAGUAGACUCAGUAAGUGAUUUUGAUGAUGCACAGAGCACCCUUACAGAUUAUAGCAACAUAGCUCCAAAUCUGAGCAAACUUAAAGCAAAGGCACUGAAACAAAGACAACUAAGUAAGCAAAGGUUAAUUGAUACAAGUAAAACUCAGGAAAAUGCCAAAUUGACAGACUUUCAAAAAUGGCAGAUGGAACAGGAUCAAGAGCGAACAAAAAGGCUCGAAAAACUGCACAGGCAGAAAUCAGAGUUGUCUCUUUCCCAGAGAGAAAAUGAACUACUUCAACAAAUACAAGAGGAACAACUUAGGCUUGAAAAAUUAAAGCUGCAGAGGGAAAAACUAGUAGAACAGGAGAUGCGACAAAAAGAAGAGGAUGAAAAAUGGUUCACUGAAAAGCAGAGCUUAGAGAAACAGGCAAUCAUUUCUCAGCAAACUUUGGCCAAAGAUUCAAAUCCAGUGAAGAAGGUAGCUUCAAGAAAGGUUUCCAAAUCAUAUAAAGAAGCACAAAAAGAGAAAACUCAUCCUCAAGAACUCCAGGAAGUAGAACCUGACACAGAUGAAAACAUUCAUGACAAUGCUUACCAAGAUUUUUAUGAGCAACAAACACGAGGUUUUGGUGAGAUUUCAGUGGAUGUUUCUCCUUGUUCAAUUUGUGGGCGCAAGUUUGCUGUAGACAGGUUGGCCAAGCAUAUAAAAAUUUGUGCAAAAAGUUCAAACUCCAAACGCAAGGUUUUUGACACAAGAAAGCAUCGCAGUGAGGGCACUGAAUAUGAAAAGUAUGUACAGAGUGGAAAACAUCUCGAGGAGCCCAAGACAAAGCCAAAGGCAGACUGGAGGGCUCAACAUGAAAAUUUCAUCAAAACAAUCCGCUAUGCUAAGGGAGUAAGCAACACUCCUCCUCCACCAGCACAAAACCCAGACUAUGUACAGUGCCCACACUGUGAGAGAAAGUUUAAUUCUGCUGCAGCAGAGAGACACAUACCAAAGUGCAAGGACAUUAAAGCCAAACCUGCUACUUUGAAGAAGAAGAAACGAUAAAGUUAAUUAAAAAAGAUUUUACAAGCUCAAAUUUUAAAGAAUGUCAAGUGUGUUUUUCUGGGGUUAACCUGGAACUUCGUUCUGAAAUGCUUUUGAAUGACGUGCUUCUAUACUCUCAAGAGCAAGAUUUAUUGAAACCAUGUUUGUAAUAUUAGUAUUUUAUCAGGUAACAAUUACAAAAUUAUGCAACGAAGUUGGUUUCAUGAUGUCAAGGUUAAGAAUAUCCAAAGUGAAACCAUCCAAGCCAUGUCACCUUCAGUUUAAAGUAAUCACAAAACUUUGAGAUAUACGGCUUCUCAAGAAAGUACUUCACAUUAAAUGGGUUUCCAUCAUAAGAGCUUUUGGCAAGGAAGAGAAAUAAGGGAAAACAUUCAGUAAAUUAUUUCAUACUGGAGGUAAAAUCAACCCCAUACAUUGAGUUUUCCAACACCAUUUCUACAACUUCAAAGGAGGUCAUCAGAGUCAAGUAAAAAGAGUUAUCAAAAACAAAUUUUUAUUGAAGUUUGAGGCAAACAAAACACACUUGCCUUGAACCAUGUGUAGUAUGAAGUCCUACAACACUUGUCUCUCUGAAUAAAUAUUCUACUAAGUUUCAAACUCUCUCAGA